AUGGGGAAGCCGGAGGGCAUCCGUAUCUUCCUGCGCCUCCGCCCCGCCGCGAAGGGGCAGCCGCUCCUCGGCAACGGCGGCGGCGGGGACGCAGAAGCGUGCGGGUACGCGGUGGAGCACACCUUUGAGCAGUCGACGGUGCACUUCCACGUAGACCGCCGCGCCGAGGCGGAUGUGGUGAACAACGCGAGGGAGGACUACCGCUUCACCUUCCGCCGCGCCUUCGAGCCGAGCGCGACGCAGGAGGAGGUGUUCAACGUCGUCGCGAAGGACUGCGUCGUGGCGGCGCUGGACGGCUACAACAGCACCAUCUUCGCCUACGGGCAGACCGGCAGCGGCAAGACGUACAGCAUCACCGGCGGCGCCGAGAGCUACGAGGACCGCGGCAUCAUCCCACGCGCGCUGGCGCUCGUCUACGACGAGGUGGCGCGGCGGCAGCGGGAGGAGACGUGGAGCAUCGCCGUGUCGUACCUGCAGAUCUACAACGACAAGGGGCAGGACCUGCUCAACCACGGCCGCGACGCGCGGCGGCUGGAGGACCUCCCCGCCGUCACCAUCCACGACGCGGACGAGGAGGAGGUGCUGCUGAAGGGGCUCGCCCAGCACGGGGCGCCCAACGUGGAGGAGGCCCUCAACCUGCUCUUCCUCGGCGACACCAACCGGCUCUACUGUGAGACGCCGAUGAACAAGACCUCCUCACGCUCGCACUGCGUCUUUACGAUUUACCUCGAGGCCCGCGCCCACGGCUCGUCUGUGGUGCGCCGCUCCAAGCUGAACCUCGUCGACCUCGCCGGCAGCGAGCGGGUGGCAAAGUCGGGGGUGACUGGGACGGUGCUGACGGAGGCGAAGCACAUCAACCUCUCCCUGCACUACCUGGAGCAGGUCAUCAUGGCGCUCAGCGAGCAGGCCAGCGGGAGGCGCGAGCACGUGCCCUUUCGCAACUCCUUCAUGACGAUGGUGCUGCGGGACUCGCUCGGGGGGAACUGCCGCACAAGCAUGCUCGCCACCGCCCACCCCUCCCUUGACCACCUGCCGGAGACGAUCAGCACCUGCCGCUUUGCGCAGCGCGUGGCGCUGAUUCGCCAGAACGCCCACAUCAACGAAGAGGUGGAUCCGCAUCUGCUGGUGCGGAAGCUCAAGGUGGAGCUGCAGCAGCUGCGGGAUCAGCUGGCGUUCUACACCAAAGACGGCGGCGGCGCCCCCGACCGAGAGCUCACCGACGACGAAAAGCAGCGGUGCCAGGAGAUGGUGCGGCGCUACGUCGCCGACACCGGCAGCGAUGCCCGCAUUGAGGGCUUUGAGGGGGACUUGGCACGCAUUUACUACUGCUUUGACGUGAUGAAGCGCAUGCUGGCUAGCGGCGGCGGCGGCGGUGGUGGCGGUGGCGGCGGCGGCCUUAACUCCUCCGCUCGCUCCCAGCCGACGCAGCAGCAGCAGCAGCAGCAGCAGUUGGAGGUUUACCGUGCCCGCAUCGACGCGCUGGAGUUGAGCCUGCAGCAGAAGGAGAAUGAGAUGAACAUGCUCUUUGGCGUCCUGCAGAAGACGCAGCGGGCACAGUUUAACGUAGAGACGCAGACAGGCGCCACAGUGGACGCGGCGUACUGCAGCGGCAGUAUCGUGAGCAAAAACAACAACAACAACGGCGUCGGCGGAGGCGACGCCGCCGGUGCCAGCGCGGAAGCCGCCCCACAGGGAAUAGUACCAUUGUCGCCAUCGCAGCCGCGGCCGUCGCCUGAAAACGGGAGUCAAGCUGCCGUGAGUUCUUACCGACGUGCGCUGCACGACCGACUUGAGCCGGCGCAGGCCACCGCCGUCGAUGAGUUCUUCCGCAAGCAGGAGCAGCUCAAUGAGGUGUACGACCUCUCCGCCCUCACGGACGCGGAUCUGCUGAAGGACCGUGCCACCGCCUUUGAGGCCUUCCAUCGCUCCUACCGCCACUGCGCCGAGAUGGAGGGCAACAAGCGGGAGCUGAAGCAGCGGUACGACGCCUGCAAGACCACAGCCCGGCAGCUCAACGACGCAGUGGACCGCAUCAAGCACCUGAAGGGGCACAUUCAGCGCCUGCGCGCGGAGCGGGCGUUGCAGGGGGUGGAGACGAUGGAUGCCGCGGAGCGGUCCGCGCUGGAGGAGCUGACGGCAACGAAGGCCACCUACAACGACCUCGCCACCUCGCUGCGGCGGCAGAAGGAGGAGAUUGACGCCAUGCACCUCUUCAUGAAGCGGUCCCAGGAGCAGUUGACGCGCGACUUCGAGGACUGGCUGCAGAUCCGGCAGAAGCAGCUCGCCAUGGCAACGAGCGGGGGGGCGAACGCCGCCCCCGCCCCAACGACGAGCAUCAGCCCGGCCUCCGCCCCCUCCGCGUCCUCCCCGCUCUUCACGCGGCAUAAUUUCCUGCAGUCCGCGCCACAGCAGCAGCAAGCGACGCAGCGGCUUGUAUCGUCCAUGCCAAACAUGCCCUCUGAGCUCCCGCCGCUGCGGGAGGAGACGAUGACGUCGGCGCGGACUUGGAAUGGCAGCAAGUGGGCCUCCGUGAAUAGGCUGCCGAACGAGAUGGGCGGAAACAGCAGCUCGUCGGCGAUGUCGCAGGUAAACGCCCCCGCCGACCCUUUGCGGCCACACCCGGUCAUCUCAUCCCGUACACCGCUCACGCCGCUGAACCGCGCCCCGGUAGGGAACAACGGCUGGACAGAAGCGGAGGCCUCCGCGUCGCUGGCGCUUCCCGUGAGUCAGGUAGGGAGCAACGGCGAGGCCCCGAACCCCUACGCCCCGGGGCACCUCUCCACAGGGGACGCGGCCGCGGAUAAGCAGCUCGCCGCGUUGUACAAGGCGCGGGAUGCCAUGCGUCAGCGCUUUCAGUCGUAA